AUGAGCUCAGCACCCAGAGAUGCACUGGAGUUUCCAGAGUCAGAUAGGGGCUUCUUAGAGCCCCAUCUACCGCCCCAGGAUGGCUCGGCACCUCAAUCUGGUCUCCCCUUCACAACACUCACAUUCGCCACCUCGCUUGAUUCUUCUCUAGCUCUGUCACCUGGUGCACGUACAGUUCUUUCAGGUCCCCAGUCUAAGGCAAUGACUCACUAUCUACGAUCCCGCCAUGACGGGAUUGUCAUUGGUGUCGGUACGGCAGUGGCAGACGAUCCCGGUCUGAACUGUCGAAUCACAGGAGUUGGGGGCUAUGGCCAGGAAGGCCUGGCUGGCCAGCCUAGACCAGUUGUGAUAGAUCCCACAGCCAGGUGGGAGUUUUCGCACGACAGCAAGCUAUUCCAACUUUGCAGAGAGGGGCGUGGCCUUGCCCCAUGGAUUAUCACAGCAGUUGAGAACCCAAAUUCCGAAAAGCAAGCCUUGCUAGAAAGGUACGGCGGAAGAUUUAUCUCAGCCAAAAUGAUUAGAACGCAUACCGGCAGACAUCAGAUUGACUGGCCUGAUCUCCUCGUCACCCUGAAAUCUAACGGUCUUGAAAGCGUCAUGAUUGAGGGUGGUGGCCAGGUCAUCAAGUCCCUUUUGAGUCCCUCUUACAUGUCCUUGCUUGACAGUGUGAUUGUUACUAUUGCCCCGACAUGGCUUGGUGAAGGUGGUGUCGUGGUCUCCCCUGCUAGGCGCUUUGACGAGGGCGGAAAUGCGAUCUCCGCAGCGAGAUUGAAGAAUGUCAAAUGGUACCCAUUUGGGGAAGAUGUCGUCCUUUGUGGGCAGAUCAAGCUCUCUGACUGA